CCCACAGUGUGUAGCUGGAACACAGGCAGUAAUUUUAUUGUGGGAUACAGUCUUCACUGCACAGUCCCUCAAAACGUCUCUCCGUACGCGUAAAACGGCGCUAGAAUAGUUUGCGGUAUCAUAUUCUGGAUCCAUGCGACGUUGACCUUCUUAUGUGGUUUUUCGGUCAUGUAUUUGUUUGUAGUGUAGGCUACAUUAUGUGCAUUUCGAGAAUAUUUUAAUCUCUUCCGUAUUUCUGUCUGUCUGAAUUUUGGAAUCUACAGAUAACUGUCGCCACUUUUUCAUCAAGGCUUCGAAGAUUUCCAUUUGAGAGCACAAUUGGGUACAUUUUUGAUAUUCUUACGUGGAUAUACUUAGACUUUUUCACGGUUUGAGCCUAGUUGGGUGAAGGGGCCGUUUUUCAAGCCACACACAUCGCUCCCCGUUCCAGUGUUUCGUUCUGCACGGUUCGAGAGUAUCCUGAAAACUUGACCAGAGCAUUUUCUCAGAAAUACACUUUUCGUUUGAUCUGAUGUAUUGCGCGGUGCAGUGCAUGUUUAUAAUAAGAUGUAUUAUUCUUAAAAACUAGGAUUGUGGAGGUCAUUAUCAGUGCCAAUCAUAAUGGCAAACGACGACAACCGCUUUAUAGUGGAAAAGUACAUUUGUCACAAACUCUUGAAACGGGGAUAUGCGUGGGAUUUCGAGGAUGCCGAGGAUGAGGAAGAUGUUACUCAUAAUGGAUCCAUGAUUUCUCCUCCGCCUGGUUUGGCACGGCGGUGCCACGGGGCCAAUAACGCCGGACCGGGCAGCGUCCCCCAUCUUUCCAAACGUCUCUCCCAACCGGACUCGCAUGCAGCUAUUCACAGAGUUUUGCGUGAGGCCGGGGAUGAACUCGAAAGACUGUACCAGCCCGACUUUGCGGAGAUGUCACACCAAUUGUAUCUCACGUCUUCCAUGGCAGAGAGGAGAUUCAGAGAGGUGAUAGACGAGCUGUUCAGGGACGGGGUUAACUGGGGACGAAUUAUCGCCUUCUUCGAGUUCGGGGGCACAAUAUGUGUGGAAUGCGUGAACAAGGAAAUGACGUCGCAGGUUGACCACAUCGCCGGGUGGAUGACAGAGUAUCUAAAUGGACCACUGCACAGCUGGAUUCAAGAGAACGGGGGAUGGGAGGCCUUUGUUGAGCUCUAUGACAGACAGAGGGACUCUGUGUUCUGUUCGUGGCCGUCCAUCAAGACUGUCUUUGGCCUGGCUGCACUGGGGGCCGCAAGUCUUACCAUCGGAGCUUACCUUACACAGAAGUGAAGGGGGGAGAGAGUCUCUCUCUCUCUCUCUCUCUCUCUCUCUCUCUCUCUCUCUCUCUCU